UAAAAAAAAAAAAUUUAGAAAAAGCUGUCUCUUGUUCAGACGUCUCUUCUCUCUAAGUCGCAGACUCGUCUUCUUCACAGCUCCUGCGGUACUCUUCUUUCUACGCGCAAAAUCUACAAGGAAGGCUUCGAAGGGUAAUAACCGAUUCAUCUCUCUCUCUCUCUCUCGUUUCUAUCUGAGGUAGAGAGAGAUAGAGGAUACCAAUGAUCUCCAAAGCUUCUCCAUCUUCCACCAAUUCGUCGAUUCCUUCUUCUUCUUCUAGGAUAGGAGGUGAGCUCUGUGUGUGGCCUCCUGGUUUUAGACAUCUCUGCCUCAGGAAAAGCUUAUUAUACGGAGUUAUGUGGUUAUUCUCCAUGCCCCUCAAAACGCUGCGUGGAGCUCGAAAAACUCUUAAAGUCACUCACUUUUGCAGCAUCUCCAACACGCCCUCUUCCUUAAAUAUCGAACUGGUACCAUGUAAUAAGGACAACUAUGCUUAUCUUUUGCACGACGAAGACACCGGCACGGUUGGAGUCGUUGAUCCUUCCGAGGCCAAACCUGUUAUAGAGGCAUUGAGCAGGAAAAAUUGGAAUUUGACUUACAUAUUGAAUACUCAUCAUCAUGACGACCACAUAGGGGGGAAUGCUGAGCUGAAAGCAAGGUAUGGCGCAAAGGUGAUUGGCUCAGCUGUGGAUAAGGAUGGGAUUCCUGGAAUUGACAUACUUCUCAAGGAUAGUGACAAGUGGAUGUUUGCUGGCCAUGAGGUUCAAGUAAUUGACACUCCUGGCCACACACAAGGCCAUAUUAGCUUCUACUUUCCCGGGUCAGCCACAAUAUUCACAGGAGACCUGAUACAUAGCUUAUCCUGUGGUACCCUCUCGGAAGGUACCCCCGAACAGAUGCUUUCAUCACUCCAAAAGAUCGUGUCUUUACCAGAUGAUACAAAUAUAUACUGCGGUCGUGAAAACACAGCAGGCAAUAUCAAGUUUGCACUAUCUAUAGAACCAAAGAAUGAAACUCUUAACUCGUAUGCAACUCGAGUUGCCCAUCUUCGCAGCCAGGGACUCCCAUCGAUUCCAACGACUGUUAAGGUCGAGAAAGCGUGUAACCCGUUUCUCAGAACAUUUAGCAAAGAAAUCCGCAGAUCUUUAAGUAUUCCAGACUCAGCAAAUGAAGCCGAAGCAUUGCGUUGUAUACACAGAGCCAGAGAUCGUUUCUAAAGAAGCUUUGGGGGUUAUCUUCCUUAUUGUAUAUACUUGGAAGUCAUCAUCAUCUGCAAAGAUCCAUAUAUUAUAUGGUUUGUGUUUCUUUUCCAGUAAUCAAUUAAAUUUGAUGUAUUCAAAACAAAAAAAAAAGUUAUAUAAAAUUUAGUUGGGCUCA